AUGACACUUCGCGCGCCCCCUUCCGGCGUCUACUCCGACCGACCGCUUGAAAACCGUGUGCGCGCUGUAGCUCCUCCUGCAAAUAUCAUGGGUUACUACCCACCCGCGCCUGCUGGCGGCUACGCGAACCCCACGGCUGCGGCACCGAGUCCUUACGCGAACCCUAUGGCUACAUAUCUUACAGCGGCGCCUUCCAAGGCUUCACGCAGCUUCCUCCUCGCUGACAUGGACGGCCGCGGCAACGACAACCGCGCCUGCGCCUCCUGCAUUGCCCAGCUGAAGCCUCACGAGGCCAGUCAGAUCAACUGGCGUCUCAACAGCACCGAAGACUGCCGCCUGUGCCAGGUCGCCGCCACCAAGCCCGAGGCCUUUACCAAGCCCUUCUGCGACUUCCUGACCGAGAACCCGACCAUCUUCCACACCGUCAACUACUGCAAGAACAAACUCAACAGCGCCGGCUACACAGAGCUCCCCUCUCGCGAGUCCUGGGCCGGCAAAAUCCAUGCCGGCGGCAAGUACUACGUCUCCCGUAACGGCAGCUCCAUCAUUGCCUUUGCCGUCGGCCGCGGCUACAAGACCGGCCAAGCGCCCGGUUUCGCCAUGGUUGGUGGCCACAUCGACGCACUCACUGCGCGACUCAAGCCCGUAAGCACCAAACCCAACAAGGCUGGCUUCCUACAGCUCGGCAUCGCUCCCUACGCCGGCGCGCUCAACGAGACCUGGUGGGAUCGCGACCUCGCCAUCGGCGGCCGCGUUAUCGUCCACGACUCCAAGACGGGCAAGACCUCGUCCCGUCUCGUCCGUCUCGACUGGCCCAUUGCCAAGAUCCCCACGCUCGCCCCGCACUUCGGCGUUGGCAUCAUGGGACAGAAGAAUAAGGAGACGCAGGCUGUUCCUGUCGUCGGCCUUGAAAGCACCGACGACAACCCCAGUACCGAGCGCCUCGGCCCCGAAGGCGCAUUUGUCAACACCCAGCCUCCAAAGCUGGUCAAGCUCAUUUCCAAGCAGCUUGGCAUCACCUCCUACGCUGACAUUGUCAACUGGGAGCUUGAACUCUACGACGCGCAGCCCGCGCAGACCGUUGGUCUCGACCGCGACAUGAUCUCGGCUGGUCGCAUCGACGACAAACUCUGUUCUUGGGGCGCCCUGAUUGGUCUCCUUGCGACCGAGGACAAGGCGGACGACACCUACGUCAAGCUGACCGCCCUGUUCGACGACGAGGAGAUUGGCUCCAAACUCCGCCAAGGCGCCGGCGGCAACUUCUUGCCCUCUGUCAUUGAGCGCACCGUCGAGGCCCUCAACCCGGACACGUACGGCCCGGGGCUCCAAGGCCAGGUCUACGCCAAGUCGUUCCUCCUCUCCGCCGACGUCUCACAUGCCGGCAACCCCAACUUUCUCGGCGAGUACCUGCCCGACCACACGCCGCAGCUCAACGUGGGCAUCGUCGUCGCCGGCGACUCCAACGGCCACAUGACCACCGACGCCGUCUCCACCGCCGUCCUCGCCCGCGUCGCCGGGCUCAUCGGCCACCGCAUCCAGCCCUUCCAGAUCCGCAACGACUCCCGUUCCGGCGGCACCAUCGGCCCCAUGCUCUCUAGCAUGAUGGGCUGCAAGGCCGCCGACGCGGGCAUGCCCCAGCUCAGCAUGCACUCGAUCCGUGCCACCACCGGCGCCCUCGACCCGGGUCUGGGCGUCCAGUUCUUCAAGGGCUUCCUGGAUAACUGGGAGAAGGUGGACCAUGAGUGGGAGCACUAA